AUGGUGUCUGCCUCCAAAGCCGCUCGUUUGGCAAAGCGUGCCGCCGAUGGCGCCGACAAGAAGAAGCCCACCAAGGGCAAGAAGGACGACCCCGUCGUCGACGGUGAGGGCGGCGAUGACCAGCCUGCCACCACCGAUGAGAAGAUGAAGGAGGUCGAGAAGUUGACUGCUCAGAUGGACAAGCACGGUCUCUCCGAUCGUGUCACGACCGGUGUCCUUGCUUCUCUGCCCUCCUCCCGCGACGUCAAGGUCACUUCCGCCUCCCUGGUGUUCCACGGAAAGGUUCUUAUCACCGACUCGACUCUCGAACUGAACUUCGGUCGUCGUUAUGGUCUCCUCGGUGAGAACGGCUGCGGAAAGUCUACUAUCCUCAAGUCUAUCGCCACCCGCGAAUACCCCAUCCCCGAGCACAUUGAUAUCUACCUUCUGAACGAGGGUGCUCCUCCCAGUGAGCUCGGUGCCCUUGAGUGGGUUGUCACUGAGGCCCAGAACCAGCUCGAACGCAUGGAGAAGCAGGCCGAAGAAAUUCUUGAGAAGGAGGGUCCUGACUCUCCUAUCCUCGAGGAUCUGUACGACCGUAUGGACAAGAUGGAUCCCUCGACCUUCCACACCCGUGCCUCCCUGAUCUUGACUGGUCUGGGUUUCAACAAGCAGACCAUCCACAAGAAGACCAAGGACAUGUCUGGUGGUUGGCGUAUGCGUGUGGCCCUUGCCAAAGCCCUCUUCGUCAAGCCCUCCCUGCUUCUGCUCGACGACCCCACUGCUCACUUGGAUCUCGAGGCCUGUGUGUGGUUGGAAGAAUACCUCAAGAAGUGGGAGCGUACCCUGAUUCUCGUCUCCCACUCCAUGGAUUUCCUCAACGGUGUCUGCACCAACAUGAUCGACAUGCGCAUGAAGCAGCUCCUCUACUACGGUGGUAACUACGACUCUUACCACAAGACUCGUGCCGAACAGGAGACGAACCAGAUGAAGGCCUACAACAAGCAGCAGGAAGAAAUUGCUCACAUCAAGAAGUUCAUUGCCUCCGCCGGUACCUACGCCAACUUGGUCAGACAGGCCAAGUCCCGUCAGAAGAUCCUGGACAAGAUGGAGGCCGACGGUUUCAUCCAGCCCGUCAUCCCCGACAGAGUCUUCAGCUUCCGCUUCGCCGAUGUCGAGAAGCUCCCUCCUCCCGUUCUGUCCUUCGACGACGUCUCUUUCUCCUACUCUGGCAAGUGGGAGGACACCCUGUACGAGCACCUCGACUUCGGUGUCGACAUGGACUCCCGCACAGCCCUUGUCGGACCCAACGGUGUCGGAAAGUCCACUCUGCUGCGCAUCAUGACCGGCAAGCUGAGCCCCAUCGGUGGUCGUGUCUCCCGCCACACUCACUUGAAGCUGGGCAUGUACAGUCAGCACUCUGCUGAGCAGCUGGAUCUGACCAAGUCUGCCCUCGAGUUCGUCCGUGACAAGUUCCCCGAGAAGUCUCAGGACUACCAGUACUGGCGUCAGCAGCUGGGCCGUUACGGUCUCAGCGGUGAGUCCCAGACUGCCCUCAUGGGUACUCUGUCCGAGGGUCAGAAGUCUCGUAUCGUCUUCGCCCUGUUGGCUAUCGAGUCGCCUAACAUGAUCCUGCUGGACGAGCCUACCAACGGUCUGGAUAUCCCCACCAUUGACAGUUUGGCCGAUGCCAUCAACGCUUUCAGCGGUGGUGUUGUCGUCGUGUCCCACGACUUCCGUCUCCUUGACAAGAUCGCCAAGGACAUCAUGGUCUGCGAGAACAAGACCGUCACCCGCUGGAACGGUACUAUCGGCGAGUACAAGAACCACCUCCGCAAGAAGAUGAUUUCCGAGGGUGCUGUCUAA